AUGUACGUUAGAAACUUAACUGAAAAUAAUAAUAAUCGAAGUAAUGAAAAUUCUCAGGAUUCAUUUGAUAAUCUAAAUAAUAAUGGACAACAAUUAUCAAAUCCUUUCAUGGGUAGUGAUGAAGAUAAUUUAGAAUCUGGAUCAUCUUCAUCAUUAGAUUUUAAUAAUACAACAAACAAUACAAAUAAUUUAGAUAAUAGUCAUAUUUCAGAUUAUAAAGGUUACUAUUCAAAAAAUGCAAGUGCAUUAAACCAAAAUAAUAAUUCUGCAUAUUUAAUGCCACCAAGAUCUGCAAACUCUCCACUCCCACAAAUAAAUUCACCAAAUUCAAUGGAGCCAAAUACUAAUGAAAUUUUUUCUCCACCUGAAUUCGAUAGAUAUCCACUUUUAGGAUCAAGAGUCUCUUCACAAGCAAAUUUACAAUCUCCUUCAAAUGCUAAUUCCCCAAAUCCAAUGUCGUAUGGUUCUCCUUUAGCAGAUAAUUCAAAUGCUUCAUUCUCUUCAUCGAAUCCUUUUAAUGGUGAACAAGAUUUUUCACCAUUUGGUGGGUAUCCAACUUCAUCUUUCCCGUUAUUGAUAGAAGAAAAAGAAGAAGAUGAUUAUUUACAUAAUCCUGAUCCAGAAGAAGAAGCUAGAUUAGAUAGAAGAAGAUUCAUCGAUGAUUUUAAACAUAUGGAUAGAAAGUCUGCAGGUGGUAUUCUUGGUGUAUUUACUUUAAUUGGUGCUGGUAUUGCCAUUUUCGUGAUUUUACCAGCUUUAACUUUCACAGGUGUAACAGAUUAUGGUUCUUCAAAGGGAGAAGUUAUAGAUUAUUUAACAUCAUAUCAAUAUCCACGUUUAGCAGCAAUUAGAACAGAAUUAGUAGAUCCUGAUACUCCAUCAUCUGCAAAGACAAGAAAGGCAAAAGAUGGCUCCAAUUGGAAAUUAGUAUUUUCUGAUGAAUUUAAUGCCGAGGGAAGAACUUUUUAUGCUGGUGAUGAUCAAUUUUGGACAGCUCCAGAUAUUCAUUAUGAUGCCACUAAGGAUUUAGAAUGGUAUGACCCAGAUGCCUCUACAACAGUUAAUGGUACUUUACAAUUACGUAUGGAUGCAUUUAAAAAUCAUGAUUUAUAUUAUAGAUCAGGUAUGUUACAAAGUUGGAAUAAAUUAUGUUUUACUCAAGGUAUGUUAGAAAUCUCUGCAAAUUUACCAAAUUAUGGUCGUGUUACAGGUCUAUGGCCUGGUCUAUGGACGAUGGGUAACUUAGGUAGACCAGGUUAUUUAGGUUCAACUGAAGGUGUAUGGCCAUAUUCAUACGAGUCAUGUGAUGCAGGUAUAACACCUAAUCAAAGUUCCCCAGAUGGUAUUUCAUAUCUACCUGGUCAAAAAUUGAACGCUUGUACAUGUGAUGGUGAAGAUCAUCCAAACCAAGGUGUUGGUAGAGGUGCUCCAGAAAUUGAUAUCAUUGAAGGUGAAGUCGAUACUACUUUAAAUGUUGGUGUCGCAUCUCAAUCCAUGCAAAUUGCUCCUUUCGAUAUCUGGUAUAUGCCCGAUUAUGAUUUUAUUGAAGUUUAUAACUUUAGUACAACGAACAUGAAUUCGUACGCUGGUGGUCCCUUCCAACAAGCUGUCUCAGCCGUCUCCACAUUGAACACAACAUGGUACGAAUUUGGUCAAGAUGCUGGUUAUUUCCAAACAUUUGGUAUCGAAUAUUUAAAUGACGACACAGAUGGGUACUGUCGUUGGUUCGUAGGUGAUAACCCAACUUUCACUAUUUAUGCCAAUGCUCUCCAUCCAAACGGUAACAUUGGUUGGAGAAGAAUAAGUAAAGAACCAAUGUCCAUUAUUAUGAACUUAGGUAUCUCUAAUAAUUGGGCUUAUAUUGAUUGGAGAAUGAUUUUCUUCCCUGUAAAAAUGUCUGUCGAUUAUGUGAGAUUAUACCAACCAUCAGAUGCCGUUUCAGUUACUUGUGACCCUGAAGGAUACCCAACAUACGACUAUAUUGAAGACCAUCUUAAUAUUUAUUCGAACCCUAAUCUUACCUCGUGGAGUGCCGGAGGUUACACAUACCCAAAGAAUCAAUUGACUGGCAACUGUGAAAGUUCUAAGUUUCAAUCUAAGGAAAUUCUAUUAUAA